UUUCCGCGCCGACGCAGCCUACGAGUCGAAAUUUUCCAGCAUCAAAACGACAUUGACACCAACUUCACCACCGGGCACUUGCAGCCUCAAUACUGGCUUACGACCUGAACCAAAAAAAGAAAAAAAAAAAGGUAUCAGGCUCAUGAGCGCCCAAGAAAGCUGCACACAAAUAAAUCGCCUCGCCUGAGUAACCAGCAUAAUGGAUCCAGAUGGGGUAGACGCCACAGCAGCACUAGGCCUAGCCGCUGAUCAGAAACGACGACAUGUGUCUAAUGGCGACUCACCGGAUGCUAAGAGGGCCAAGGUCAGUGUUGAUGGCGCAAAUGGACAAGACCCCCAAGCGCCCGCUGCCAGCGGAGAUGUCCCUGUUGAUGCCGCCACCGAGCCGUCUGAGAGGGUCAAGGGCCUGGCUCCCAUCAAGGCCGAAUACCUGAUUGACGUGGUCCCGAGUGACCACCGCAAUGUGCCGGAUGAUGAUGCCGCUGAGGGCAGGACACCCACCGACGCUCCAGUCAAGGUCGGCAGGAAAGGCAAAAAGGGCCAAAACCAGGCCCGCGACUUUGGUCGCUCCAACGACAACUUCCGCCUCUGCCAGAGCCGCAUGACAUCGGACGAGUUCUCGCCCAAGCCAUGUAACUUUGGUGACCGCUGCAAUCUCUCACACGACCUCCGCAGGUAUCUCGCUGAGGGCCGUAGAGCCGAUCUCGACACCUUUGGAGGCAAAUGUCCCAUCUUCGAGGCACACGGCUGGUGUAACGCCGGCUGGAAGUGCCGCUUCGUCAAGAGUCACAUGAAUGAAGUUGAGCGGGAGGACGGGAAGAAAGAGCUUGUCCUUGUGCGUGAUGCGUCUCGCGAGCAACAGAACGACACCGAGUCGUUUGGUGUUGUCAACGUGGUGGCUGCCGAGCACAAGCAUAAAAUGUCACGCAACAAGCUCGAUCUCAAAAAGUCGAUCGAGUACGUCGCGUGGUUGGAUAAGCACAGCAAGCUUAUCAAAGAUCUUCACAACGCCCGGACAGAGGAGAGGAAGAAGGACUCGGAACUCAGUGAACUCAGGGCACAGUACACCGAGCCCCCCCUUAGGCCAUCUGAAAAGCGCAGAGUCUACUUCGGUCGCGAGACGCCAGUCCUCGCCCCGCUGACAACGCAGGGCAACCUUCCGUUCCGCCGCCUCUGUGUCGAGUUGGGAGCUCAGGGUACAUACUCGGAGAUGGCCAUGGCGAUGCCUCUUGUCCAGGGGAAGCAGGGAGAGUGGGCACUCAUGAAAGCCCACGAGUCCGAGACGAAGCCGCCUCGUUUCACCCCGAGGCCAGAGGACCCCGUCGUCAAGGUUUACGACAACUCGAGAGACCUCAAGUUUGGCGCCCAGAUAUCGGCAAGCUCGCACACAGUGGCUGCCAAAGCAGCCGAGUGUCUCUCGACCUUCCUCCCCCAUCUGCGCCUGAUCGAUCUCAACUGCGGCUGUCCCAUCGACCUCGUGUACAAGUCUGGAGCCGGCUCGGGGCUGCUCGAGCAGCCCAACAAGAUCGAGCGCAUAGUGCGCGCCAUGAACACAGUCUCGGGUGAGGUUCCCAUCACGGCCAAGCUCAGGAUUGGCGUCAAGGAGGGCUUCGCGACGGCCAAGAAGAACAUCGAGCGUCUCGCGUUCGGCGCGCCCGACUUUCGCGCCGAGAUGGGCGCACCGGGCUGCGCAGCAAUCACUCUCCACGGACGCACUCGCCAGCAGCGGUACAAGAAGCCGGCAGACUGGAGCUACAUUGCCGAGUGCGCGGCACUGGUGCAGUCCUACCGUGAGGCGGGCGACGCCCUGGCCGACACGGCGAGCGCCCCGGACCCGAACACCAUGGCAGGCGGGUCGGACCGCAUGUAUUUCCUGGGCAAUGGCGACUGCUUCUCGCAUAUCGACUACUUCAAGGCCGUGGACGAGGCGGGAGUAGACACGGUCAUGGUGGCCCGCGGUGCCCUCAUCAAGCCGUGGAUCUUUGAGGAGAUCGAGAAGGGCCAGUACCUGGACAAGAGCUCCAGCGAGCGGCUCAGAUACGUGGAGCGCUUCUGCCGGUACGGAAUGGAGGCGUGGGGGGCCGACGAGAUGGGCAUCGGCACGACGAGGCGGUUCCUGCUCGAGUAUCUCAGCUUCGCUCAUCGCUAUGUGCCCAUCGGCCUACUGGAGCACUUGCCGCCGCAGAUCAACGACCGGCCGCCGGCCUAUCGUGGCCGGGAUGACCUGGAGACGCUCAUGAUCAGCGACAACUACAAGGACUGGAUCAAGAUCAGUGAGAUGUUCCUUGGCCCGGCUCAUGAGGACUUCAAGUUCCAACCCAAGCACAAGUCCAACUCGUAUGAUAUGGAGGCUGAGGGCUGAACAUGCCUGUCUGGAGGGCAAGGUGUACCUACGUACACGCGACACGUGCUAAUGCUGUCAUGACUGCAACCUGGGUCGCCUAUUUGGUAUUCUGAAGGGAUCGUGAUAGCACAAGGACACCGUGAAAGUACACACCCAAAACGGGGACCUGGAUAAGGGCGCAUUGUUGAAGCUAUUAGAGCCACAUUGUUGCUCCUCACUUCGAUGCUGGCUUGGCGUUGGCGUCGCAGAGAUCCGGAAAACCUGUUUGAUGAUUAGAUGUAAUUUUAAGGUCUUGAUGUAUAACGAAUUGGUUGUUACUCAGUCCCAAGUGCAGACGCCCAUGCUGCCUGCAGUCGCGUUUCAAGAGGCAAGGCCAAACUCAGCUUAGCCACGGCGUCGUGAUGGUUUGCACGUGCCACAGUCCCAUCA